UUUCUGUUUUUCUUGUUUCUUUUUUUAUUGCACGCCGAAAAGUGCUAUUUAAUGUUUGUUUACAUGUUAAUGCAUCGGCAGCAGUUCAUUUGUUUCGGCGAGGUUUACAGGACUUUAAACAAAAAUGAAGCAAGUUCUGAUGGUUGCGGAAAAACCGUCCUUAGCACAAUCACUAGCGCACAUUUUAUCCAAUGGACACGUAAAACAACGUAAAGGACUCAGCUCCGCCUGUGCUGUUUAUGAAUAUGAUGGCAUAUUCAAUUCUCAAUCCGUUAAAUUUAAAAUGACAUCAGUUUGCGGACAUGUUAUGAGUACAGAUUUUUUGCCAAAAUAUAACAAUUGGGACAGGGUAGACCCAGCUGAGCUAUUUAACGCUGCUACAGAAAAAAGAGAAGCUAAUCCGAAACUUCAAAUCCCCAAAUUCUUGCAAUCAGAAGCACGUACCUGUGAUUACCUUGUGUUAUGGCUUGACUGUGAUAAAGAAGGGGAAAAUAUUUGCUUCGAGGUAAUCAAUGCUGUUAAAGGUGCCAUGAGGCCUUCAUUCAAUCAAUAUGAGCAAGUUAUAUAUCGAGCAAGGUUCAGUGCAAUAACUGAAAAAGAUAUCAAGGCUGCCAUGAGACAGUUAGGUGAACCAAAUGAAAAUGAGUCACUCUCUGUUGAUGCAAGACAAGAAUUAGAUCUUAGGAUCGGCUGUGCAUUUACUAGAUUUCAAACCAAAUUUUUUCAAAAUAAAUAUGGCAAUUUGGACAGCACGUUAAUAUCAUUUGGACCAUGUCAAACUCCAACUUUAGGAUUUUGUGUUGAAAGGCAUGAUAGAAUAGCUUCUUUUAAACCAGAAACUUAUUAUGUUUUAGCUGUUAAGGUUUUAACUCCCUCUGAAAAAGUUUUAUCUUUAGACUGGGACAGAAUACGGAUAUUUGAUAAUGAAGUUGCAAAUGUAUUUUUUCAAAUCGUCAAGCAGAAAACUCAGGCAGUAGUGACAAAUGUUUCUCAGAAAGAAAAAGCCAAGCAACGUCCUCUCGCACUGAAUACUGUUGAACUUAUGCGUGUGGCAAGUGCAGGAUUGAACAUGGGACCUCAUCAUGCAAUGAUGAUAGCAGAAAAACUUUAUACUCAGGGCUAUAUAAGUUAUCCUAGAACAGAAACAACAAGUUAUCCUGAAAAUUUUGAUUUGAAGGGAACCUUACAGCUGCAGAAUCGAAGUCCAGAAUGGGGCCAUGAAGUGCAGGAAUUGCUGUCUGGCGGCUUAAUUCGACCAAGGAAAGGUCAUGAUGCAGGGGACCAUCCUCCUAUUACACCUAUGAAACUAGCCAGCAGAAAUGAAUUGGAUGCAGAAUCAUGGAAAAUUUAUGAUUACAUUGCUAGGCAUUUUAUAGCCACACUGUGUCCCGAUCUGAAAUACCUGCAUACUGUGAUUUCCUUCCAAAUUGGUGAAGAGACAUUUACCUGCUCUGGAAAAGCCUUGCUUGAUCCUGGUUAUACUAAAGUUAUGACUUGGCAAGCGUUGGGAGCUGAGGAAACACUUCCAGAUCUGAAAAGGGGAGAUGUUUGCAAAGUGUCUGAAGUUAAACUCGCUGAAAGGCAGACUAGCCCUCCUGAUUAUUUAACUGAGGCUGAACUUAUUACUUUAAUGGAAAAGCAUGGAAUUGGUACUGAUGCUUCAAUUCCUGUGCAUAUCAAUAAUAUUUGCCAGAGGAAUUAUGUUACAGUGUCCAGUGGACGAAAACUGAUUCCUACAAAUUUGGGGAUUGUCCUUGUGCAUGGAUACCAGAAGAUUGAUCCAGAUCUUGUUCUUCCAACAAUGCGUGCAGCUGUUGAGAAGCAACUAAAUCUCAUCGCCUUGGGCAAAGAAAAUUAUGAGUCUGUUCUACAGCACACUCUCACCGUCUUCCGCCUAAAGUUUCAGUAUUUUGUCACCAACAUUUGCGGAAUGGAUGAGUUAUUUGAAGCCUCUUUCAGUCCUUUGUCAGAAAGUGGAAAACCUCAAUCAAGGUGUGGAAAAUGCAGACGCUACAUGAAGCUAAUUGCUACUAAACCGUGCCGUCUUCACUGCCCUACCUGUGAUGAAACUCUCUCUGUUCCACAGGCUGGUGGAAAUAUUAGAAUCUUUCGAGAACUUAAGUGUCCUUUGGAUGAUUUUGAACUCUUACAGUAUACUGGUGGAGCUAAGGGAAAAAGUUUCAUUUUCUGUCCAUAUUGCUACAAUAAUCCUCCUUUCCGCGACAUGCGGAAGCUUUCUGGGUGUAAUUCUUGCACACAUCCUACUUGUCCAUAUUCUUUGAAUAGUAAUGGUGUCUCCAAUUGCUCUAACUGUGAAGGAGGAGUGCUGGUGCUUGAUCCUGGAUCAGGUCCCAAGUGGAAACUUUCUUGUAAUCGGUGCGACACUAUUGUUCGAUUGUUUGAGGAUGCAGUGAAAGUAAGUGUCGAUGAUGACACUUGCAAAGACUGUGGCAGUCAGCUUGUAACUGCUGAAUAUAAAAAGGAUAAAACAAAGUUUGGUGGCAAUUGUACAGAAGCAACUGGUUGCAUUUUCUGUGAUGCCCGCUUUACUAACCUGGUUGAUCAGUUACAAGCCAUGAAGCUGCGCAACCCCACGCGUAACAACAGAGGCCGUGGGCGGGGCAGAGGCAGGGGCCCAAGAUCCAGGGGGAGGGGCAAGAGUAAACCGAAAGAUAAGAUGGCACAGCUGGCUGCCUAUUUUGUAUGAUUUUUAUAAUGUUGUUUUAUUUUUGUACUUAGGCUACUUGUUGUUUUGUUUUCAUUAAAACGUUUUUAUGUAACAUUGUCCGAAAAGUCAUUGUUUUCAUUAAUUAGAGUGAAUUCAACCAAAUAUUUCUAUGCAAACCAGAACAAUAUUUAUGUCUGUUGAAAUUACAAUUAAACUAUUCCUUCAUGCUA